CAGACGCGUCCGCCGAGGCCGUGUCUGUGAUCAAGAAACUAUCCUAAACCAUCCAAGUUGUUCACUCACUGCCACUACUAUAGCUAUCAUUGUCAUUCAGCCCCCGCUAUCACAAUACUAGAGCGGUCAACGCAUAGGUCGGGAUUAUCUUUGCACCAAGCCUGUUUAUCGCGUCCAUUAUUAGUGAAAGGAUAAACUCUAUAACUCACAGAAGGAUGCCAACUUUGCCAAGUAACAAAAAGAGUAACAGUCCUCAUUCGUUGGAAGCUAGGAUGAGAACCACGUUCGCGAGUGCUCGGACAGAGUGCGCCCACCUCGUCGAGGAAGUUGAAGUUCAUAUCAAUUCGGCGCAGACCACCCUGGCCCGUAUAAAAGAGCAGCACGAAGCAAAUCGCGCCGACUUGUCAGCGCAACUUCAGGCCAAUGAAGAGAAGAUCCAGGCGUUGUGUGCAGAGUAUCCUCAGUUGCUCGAUGACCUCGUUCCCCAGCGCAUACAAAAUGUAGAUACGAUGAAGGCUAUGGCCCAUGCAUCGGACGUGGAAAUGCGUAAAUCACGAAAGAGGCUGAUGGAGAAGGCAAAGACACGUCUCGAUGACGCACGAGAAAGGCACAAGCUCGCUAUGGAUGCCUCCGAACUCGUGAAGCGUUACAAGGCACUUGUCCUUACGCUGUAAACGUGUUUAUCCAGCGCUUUUCACUUAGGUUUUCAGUUUGUGUUCCUUCCCUCUCUGUAAUUCGUAGAUGUUCGUAUCGCCGCCUU